GCUCCGCGGCGGCGGCGGGAAGUGAAUGUUGCCUUUUUUCCCGGCAGCCUCCGCGGCGGGUGUUGCUCCUUUUCUGUUUGGUUUUGCGCCAUGGCCUUCACGUUCGCCGCCUUCUGCUACAUGCUGGCGCUGCUCCUCACCGCCGCCCUCAUCUUCUUCGCCAUCUGGCACAUCAUAGCCUUUGACGAACUGAAGACGGACUACAAGAAUCCCAUAGAUCAGUGUAAUACACUCAAUCCCCUCGUACUCCCGGAAUACCUCAUCCAUGCCUUCUUCUGUGUCAUGUUUCUCUGUGCGGCAGAGUGGCUCACCCUGGCUCUCAACGUACCCCUCUUAGCCUAUCACAUUUGGAGGUACAUGAGCCGACCGGUGAUGAGCGGCCCGGGCUUGUAUGACCCCACGACCAUCAUGAAUGCCGACAUCUUAGCCUACUGUCAGAAGGAGGGCUGGUGCAAAUUAGCUUUUUACCUUCUCUCCUUUUUCUACUACCUCUACGGCAUGAUUUACGUUCUGGUGAGCUCCUAAGGAAUCCCCCAGCAGAGCCGGCUCCAGUUAAGUGCAUGCGAGAAGCCGCCAAAUGAGAGGACUCGAUCCCACCAGAUCCCAUUCCCGGGACUAGCCUCUGGAAUCUGACCCCGUUGCUUUAGAGAAAAAGCGACUCCUUCCUGACUUUUAAAAUGCCUCCACCUUUCACACUCGUGGAAAGACGUUUCCGACGUUACACGGGGGUAGGGAAAUUGAAUGGAAUCAAGGAUAAAUGAGUACACGCAAAAAAAUUACCUCUGGUUUGAAGACAGUUUUAAACUUGCACUCCGUAAGGAACAGCCAUAAAAUCCUCUUAGUAACCGUAGUCAGCUGUGUCGUUCCUGGGUCUGUCCCAAGUUUCCGUGUAUGGGGAUUUGUAGCGAUUCAUAUAUAUAUAUUUGUUGGCGGGGGGGGUCGUGUGGAAAUGCUCCCUAAAUGAGAAAUCUGAUUGCUUUGGAAGGACCGUAACCUUGGUAGAUAGACUUAAAGAUAAAACAAUAAAAUCACCCAGGUGUAUCGAUCCCGUAGACGAUUAUAAGGAUCCGUUUGCAAACUUCAGCGUAGUACGUUGUUCUUUCUCCCUGACGUGUGGCCGUUCUAUCCCCAUAUAUUGCAUGGCUGAAAAAUUUCCCAGACACUUACCCAUCUAACGAUUAGACCCGCUUUAAUUCUUCAGCAUAAACGAACGUGGUGCGACUGUAUCCCGAACUGCCCGCGACAGGAGGCAUUUAAAACGAUUAGAAACGCGGGAGAAUUUACGGACCGUCGAUCCGUAAGGAACGGAUCCGUCCACUUGUUUGCACCGGUCCGGCGGCGAAGCUUCUUCGAAGGCACACUGGCAAGUGAUCCCUUAGACUUUCCAAAGCGGAAGACGCGAGAGGCUCUCGGGAACCUGCCUAGCUGUUCUUUAGUGCAAUACAAUAAAAGCGUGAAA